CCUCGCCUUCUUCAUCAAUCAAUUCUUCUUCUUCAUCAAUCAAUUCUUCUUCUUCAUCAAUCAGUUCUUCAUCAUCAUCAUCAAACAACACCCACAAAAACAUAGAAUUUUUUUUUUAUUUUUUGCCGAAGAACCUAGCACCUAGGUUCGACGAACUCCGCGUUGGGUUCAUCGGGUUCCAAGGAACCCCAAACCUAGGUUCAAUGAACCCAACGUCGGGUUCCCAGAAACCCAGGGCCUUGGUUCGUCCGAACCCAGAGCAGGGUUCCAAGGAACCCUGAGCCUGGGUUCGAUCGAACCCAGGCGUUGAGUUCCAAGGAACCCAGAGCCUGGGUUCGUUCGAACCCAGAGCCGAGUUCCAAGGAACCCAGGGGUUGGGUUCAAUCAAACCCGACUCUAGCUAGGAUCUGGGUUUGCCAGAUGCGUUGCAUAACACAGAUCGAACCCAGAUUAGUUUUGAACUUUAUGUGUGGGUUACAGAAUGCAGAUCGGCUGCUAGACAUGAGAAUCAUCGUUCAAGUUCAUCCGUCAGUGUGAGGGCCGAUCUAGUUUCUUUUGCAACGUGCGUCAGCAAAGAGCACUGGGUUUCUGAUAAGAUUAUGUGGUUUUCAGGUCGUUGCCAGUGUUUUGAUGAGGAAAUCUAUCGGGCUUUGAUAUGCAUCAAAAACCUUUUGAUUAGGGUUCUUUGAGAAACCAACGGAUACCUAAAAUCUCAUAUCCAGUUGGUUCAAUUGUUGGAAUUGCUACAACCAAAAUCUUUUUCGGGUUUUGGUUUUGAAUUUUUUCUUGCUCUAUGUAUUGGGUGGGGCUCAAGGGUAUGGAUCUGGAGUUCUUGAGUUUCAUGGAAGGGAAGGGAAUCAAUUAGUGCCAUUGCUGCAAUUGUUACAACCACAAUCUAUGUACUGGAUGGUUUUAAGGGGUAUGGAUUUGGAGUUCUUGAGUUUCAUGGAAGAGGAUUUGAAUUGUCGCUAAAUUUAGGCGAAAUAGACUCUGGAAAUUAGGGGUGGGGGUGAGAAUGUGCUGAGUGUGUUAGCAUUUUUAAGGGUCCUGACUCUGUUCCUCCUCCUAUUUUCUACAGAAAUUGAGGAGAUGUCUUCAGAAGGGACCGUGAGUGUAGUGGGGAGUGAGGUCAUGCCCUUGGAUUAUGGGAGCAUGGAUGAGGAGAGUAGUCUUUCUCCUUCUGGUUCGGAGAGGAUGGUGGAGGAGAGGAGGGAUCAGAGGGUAGGAGAGGAGGAUGAAGAUGAAAUCCCUUCAAACAUUUUGGAGGCUUGGAUGAGGGUAGAUGGGUGUUAUGACCCCGAUUUAGAGAUGGUAUCGGAGGUGAGGGGGUAUGUGAGCGAGUUAGGCAGCAGGGAGAGUCUGAGGGGCCUCGUGGGUAAUUGCAACCUCCCUCACCAUGUCCUAAUUAUGCCAGCCGGGGCUAAGAAAACCAAGCAGAACAACUAUAAGUUAAAUCAGGAUGAGGUGGAGGAGGUAGAAAAGCUGGUGAGGGAAGAAGAAGACGUAGUGGAUAUCCUGUACCUCACCAGCCCGAAGGCAAUAGAGGCUGCUGAGCUCUAUGGGCCGAGCUCAUUGAGCGAAGCUAAGAUGGACGAAUUUGUCAGUGCUGCUGAAGGACUGCGCAUCCCAAAGAAGCCAAGGAAGAAGUCAAAGACUUCAACUGCGGUGGACAAAGGAGUUCUAGAGAAAGAGCGCCUGCCCAGCACUUCUGCUCGGUCAGGGAGGGAAGAGGCCGAGGUGCGAGGCCCUGGCCGGGGCAAGGCACUCAUCCCUCCCCGCUCGUACGAGAAGAGUUUGUUUGAGGCGGCAAACACGACUGGGGCGAAGCACUUCCUUAACUCUACCCUCCCUGAGGUGGACAAGAUGCGGGCGAGGGAUGAGGCGGUGAGCCGGCUAGGAGCUACUGUUGUGAGGCAUGCCUUGGAGAGUGCAAGCUGGACAAACGCUCUAGUGCAGGAGUAUGCGGAAAGCGUGAGAGAUCGUGCCAGCUUGCAAAGGCAGUGUGAGCAGCUGCAGAAAGAAAGGGAAGAGCUGCAGAAAGAAAGGGAAGAGCUGCAGAAGGAGAAAGAGGAGUGGGAGAGGGAAAAGAGGGAGAUGCAAAGGAGGCUGGAUGAAGUUCUCCCUUUAGUGACCGAACUCCAGAACGACAAUAAUGUCUUGAGCACGAAGCUUGCCCUUGAGGAACGUAAGAGGAAGAUCUGUGAGGAGAAGCUAGAGGCUCAAGACAAGUAUAUUGACAAUAUGAGGAAAGGAGUAGCGGAGCUAAAGAAGAAUGUUAAUUUGUUGGUGCACAACGGGAUGAAGGAGCACAUUGGCAACUUCCUCGACUCCAGCACCUUCGAGAACAUCCUCAACCUGUACCGGCUACCCACCGCCAUCCUAGCCUUCACCGACUGUAGAAAGAAGGUGAAGGCCCAGUACUUAGAGGUGGACGUCACAACGGUCACCUUUGGAGAACAGGAAGAAAGAGUGGAGGAGGAUGGUGAGAGUCUUUCUGCUGACUUCCGACCUCUGAUCAAGUUGAGGUGGGAGCAUGACGCAGAGGGACGCAUGAUCUUCCCUCCAGCCUUUGACGCUGAGCUGGUGGUGGUGGGGGAAGAAGGAGAGGAAGAAGAAGAAGUGCGAGGUGCUGAAGCUGAAGUUCAGGCAGAUCCGCCCGAAGUGCAGCCUUUCGAGGUGCAUCCAGUCUCUUCUGAUGACGUGCAGCAGUUGGAUCUUCCUGGAGCAGAAGUGCCGCCUUUGCCUGCUAACGAUGAGCCGCUUCAACCACCCCUUCCGGCUGAGGAGCAGCCUCCACCUCCAGCCGAGUAGUUUAGGAUUUUACGUUUUACUCUUGUAAUGAAUAUUUUUGUAAUUGACUUUGUAUUAAUUGAUGAAAUCUUUGAAGUUAUUUAUGACUUGCAUAUUUUGAUGUUUGUUUGUUGUAAGUAAAUCACUUAGGAUGAAAUAAAGUGACUUUAAUUGA